UUGUAGAUCGUACAAUCUCGCAAGCGAUGCGUGAGUAUAAAAUUGUUGUAUUGGGAAGUGGCGGUGUUGGAAAAAGCGCCUUGACCGUGCAAUUUGUGCAAGGCAUAUUUGUGGAAAAAUAUGACCCCACCAUUGAAGACAGUUAUCGAAAGCAAGUAGAAGUUGAUGGUCAGCAAUGCAUGCUCGAAAUCUUGGAUACUGCUGGAACUGAACAAUUCACAGCUAUGCGUGACUUGUAUAUGAAAAAUGGUCAAGGAUUUAUCCUGGUUUACUCCAUUACGGCACAGACCACUUUUAGUGACCUCACAGAUCUGAGGGAACAAAUCUUGCGUGUCAAGGAUACGGAGGAAGUACCAAUGAUCCUUGUUGGAAACAAAUGUGAUCUAGAAGAUGAACGUGUUGUGGGUAAAGACCAAGGAUCUAAUUUAGCACGAUCAUUCAACAGUGCUUUCCUUGAAACUUCAGCUAAAGCAAAAAUUAAUGUUAACGAAGUUUUUUACGACCUUGUUCGUCAAAUCAAUCGUCGUCAUCCGGAAAUAAGCAGACGUCAAACGGGUUCAUCAACAUGUUGUUGCAACCUGAUGUGAUGUCCAUCUACAAAAUUGGUGCUAUUCAUUUCGAAGUAUCUUUCUGUCCGGAAUAGUCAGGGCUGUUAAAUGUGCUCCUGGAUAUGGCAUAUUAAAUCUGCUUUAUUGGUACAUGUUUGUCCGUUAUAAUUUUCUACUACUGGCGUGCCUUCGAAAUGGAUGAGUGAACCAGUCAUAUUCAUCAUAUGAAAGUAAAAUCUUCUGCAUGAAACUUUAUUACCCUAAACUUUAUUUUCUUCGGUUUUCUUAAAUGUUGCACUUCUUACUUGCGACCUUACUAGUCACAUCUUUUGUUCAAUAACUUCCCGUAAAACGGCAUGGGAGUUUGCCAGUAGUAAGAAGUGCGCAAUCAUUGAAAGAAGUGCUUAUGUUUUAUUACGCUGCCAGAUUUGAUUUUUUAUCA